UGAGCACCUUAAUUGUGAGUUUUAUUGUGGCCGCGAGAGCCGUUGCUUCCAUAUGGUGCCAACUUUCAAGGCGUGCCAACCCAGCGCUUCUGCAACCAAGAUUCAUAUAGCCGCCUCGUCUCGCUCUUCGAGCCUGCCAGCUCUAAUCCCGCCGCGGCGUUGGAGAGGAUUUUGCGCUCUCCCCUUCGUUUCUCUAUCUUCCUCCAGUUCGUCGGAACCCUAGAUUUCAGUUUUAUGGGGGCCGUCUUCUCCUCGGGAUCAUCCGGAGAAGACGAGAGCAGCAACGGGGUUCCGGUGAUCCUCAACGUCUACGAUCUCACCCCGUUGAACAAUUACUUGUACUGGUGCGGUUUAGGCAUCUUUCACUCGGGCAUUGAAGUUCAUGGCUUAGAGUAUGGAUUUGGGGCUCAUGACUUUCCAACAAGUGGUGUAUUUGAGGUUGAACCCAGGAACUGCCCUGGUUUUGUAUACAGAUGCUCCCUUUUAUUGGGCUACAUUAACAUGCCACCUUUAGAGUUUCGAACAUUCAUGGAAUCAAUGUCUGCAGAAUAUUACGGGGAUACAUAUCACCUAAUCUCCAAAAACUGCAACCACUUUACCGAAGAUUUAUGUCUGAGGUUGACUAGGCAGCAAAUCCCGGGAUGGAUCAACCGACUCGCUCGGUGCUACUUGCAAUUGUCUUCUACCCGAAAGCCUCCGUUUGCCAUCAGUGAAAGAGCUACCCGACUACCAUGUUUUAUCAGAAGAUAGUUCAGAAUCUGUUGCCUUCAUCGGCUCGCAUGAACCAAUGGACAGUGAUGAUACAGACACAGAUAAGCAUCUUCUUUCACAAUCUCUAAGCGGUGAAGUGACUGUUGUGAAGGAAAUUCAUAGGUGAAGAAAUCAUCUAAAGGCAUCCUCUCUUCCCAAGUAAUAUUGCCUCUUAACUAGCAAUCUGCAUGGUCUUGUGGCAUUUUUCUUUUUGGAGCUUUCAUUACUGGGGGUUACCUCAGUUUUUUGGUAUCAUUUGCAUUUGGAAACUACUAUUGUGGCAAUGCUUUUCUUGAUGCUGACCUCAGAAUGGAGUUCUCUGUAAAUCUGUUUGUUUGUUUACCUUCUCUGUGCAAGAGUGGAUCGGUGUCUUGAGAGUUUUAACCUCAGACAUUUUGGAAAGAAAGCUGCUUAUUUGUCUUAUUCUCAAAACAAAUAAAUAAUAAAUCUGAUUCUUUCAUAUUGUUCA